AAUGUCAAUUUACUACUUUUUAAAAAUGUGACUCGUCAGCCUAGCUACCAUCGCUGAUUAUUGAAAAGAUGGUGUUUUUCGAUGGCAUGCUUCCGGAUGAAUCAUUGGAAAAUUUUCUAGAGAGAGAAGUUCGGCCAGAUACAGAUUUUCUCAGUGACUGCAACCAGAUCAUUGAUAUAAUGGUUAAACUAAUACAUCGACAUCCAAAAUACAGUGUCAACCAAGUUAUUCAAGGUGGGUCUAUAGGCAAAGGAACAGCUAUACGAGGACGUACAGAUGUAGACCUCUUCGUAGUGUUGAAUAAUUUUAAGAGUGUUGAACAUUUAAAAGCAAACAUGGAAAAUGUGCUUCAUGAUUUUCUGGAUUAUCUCAAAUCAGCAGUGGAGAGAGAAGGCAAUAAUAUAGAAAUUCGGAUAAUGGGUCAAACGCCAUUUACUUUGCAGUUUGAGUUACGUUCCAGUGAUGAUUCCCCAUGGUUCGAUGUAGAUGUGAUUCCUAUUGUGGAUGUAUGGAGUACAUGGCUACUGGGUUUCGCUGGUGGAGUACAAUCAACAUACUCUGCAAUGGAAUUGAAACCUCAUCUAAGAAAAUAUUAUGCUAAGUCAUUAGCUAAACUACAAAUUGAAUUUGUAACGUCCAUGCCAACGAAGGUUAAGGAUUUAAUAUGUCUGCUGAAAUAUUGGAAAUAUACCGAAGAAGUUGAGUUAACAUCUUAUUGCAUUGAACUACUUGUUAUUCAUAUCUGGAGAGAAAAUGGCAAGCCAAAUAUCUUCACAAUGAAGCAACUAAUGAUUAAAGUCGUUGUUUUACUUGUUACCUUUGGAGAAUCGACAAUUUCCUUCAGCGAUCAUUAUACUCCUUCAGAUUACAUACAGGAACUUGGCAUGACUCCCCCAUAUGUUUUGGACCCAUCUAAUCCAUACCAUGACGUAGCAUCUGAUCCGAAUAUGUCUACAGAUUGUUCCCGUAUAGAAUCAAAAGGUAAACAACUGCAGCGAAAACUUGAAGGAUUGUCUGAAUUUGCAGAAUUAUCAGAAGAAAGUGGUUGCGUGGUAUCAUAAAAAAAACUUUUUUGGAACUAUUCAUUACCUAAUGACCAUAUGAUCAUGUCUGUUACUUUAAAAAAAAAAUAUUGUUCAUCAAAAUACUGUCAUGUUAUUGUUAUGCCCGUUUGUAUGGGCAUUAUGUUUUCUGGUCUGUGCGUUCGUUCGUCCGUUUGUUCGUUCGUUUGUCCCGCUCCAUGUUAGAGUUUUUAAUCGAG